UCUGACCCUUUUCCUGGCGCUUUACAACGUGAAACCACAAAGCAAUUGAGGAAUCGGUGCACGGCACGUGGGUUAAAACCCUCCCUGGAAGCAGCCAGGGCUGUACAUCGCCGAAACCUCCCUGAACUUUCCCAGUGAAUACAGCAGCCUGACAGCCCGGCUUCCCGCUGGGUGGAUCUGCAACUCCAGGAGGGAAUGGCACUUCUUGUUUUUAAUUAGCAAAGGUGAAAGGUGAAUUAAAACUAGCUGUUUGGCAAGUCAGAGCAAGGGGCGCAGUUCUGAGGAGCACCAAGGAGGAGGGUGCUUUCUCCUUUUUUCCGUGUUUUUUUUUUUUUUUUUUCCCUUCCCUCCCUCCUUCUGUGAAUGAAUUGCCUUGCAGGAGGGACUGAAAAUACAGCUUCUUCCUGAAUCCACUGGCAGAGUUACUAAAGACAGCUCAAGACACAACACUGCAGAGUAACGCCUUGGAAUGUCCUUGCACUUUAUAAACAAUUGUCCUAGGGAGGGAAUAUUUUUACAUGACAUUUGCACAGCUUGACAAAUGGCUAGCUGAGGCUGUGCGCUGCUCUGAUGAACGCUGAAUUUCCCGCAGAGACACCCCACAAACUGACCAAAGAGAGAGAAUUGACUGCACUGGCGAACUAGAAGUGGAAGUUGGAGCCUUAAAAACGCCCCACCAAAACAACAAACAAACAGCAGCAGCUCAGCGAAGAGAACAAGAAAUUUCUCUUGGGCAGGAUGGCAUCUGCUCAGGACCUUCUAAUCCUGGCGCUGUGUGGCUUGUUACUAGAGUUACCGGCUGGAUGUCACGCAGCAGAUACGAGGCAACCAAGGUUACGUCUGUCACAUAAAGAGCUCUGGGAUUUAAACAGGACGUCAGUCUUUCGUAGCCCGUUUGGAUAUCUUGGACUUCAUGUAAUGCUGCUGGAUGAGUAUCAAGAGCGACUGUUCGUGGGAGGAAGAGACCUCUUGUAUUCCCUCAGUUUGGAUCGAAUCAGCGACAACUACCGAGAGAUCCAUUGGCCUAGUACACCUCUGCAGGCAGAAGAAUGCAUAAUCAAAGGAAGAGAUGCUGAUGAAUGUGCAAAUUACAUCCGUGUCCUUCACCGAUACAACAGGACCCAUCUUCUGGCUUGUGGAACAGGAGCUUUUGAUCCACUCUGCACUUUCAUAAGAGCUGGACAUCCAUCAGAGGCUAUUGAAAAGGACAAAGAAGAUCCUCUUAGUGUCAAGAGUGCAAAAUAUCUUGGAAUUAUCUUGAAUGCUUUUGUGCUGAGAUACUUAGCAGUCACAUUUGUCAGAGGCGAACUUUUUACUGGUCUCUACAGCGACUACUGGGGAAGAGAUUCUGCUCUGUUUCGCUCCACGAGCCGCAUGGCCCAUCUUCGCACUGAGCCUGACAAUGAGCGCCUGCUGAAAGAACCAAAAUUCGUUGGCUCAUACAUGAUUCCUGACAAUGAAGACCACGAUGAUAACAAAGUAUAUUUCUUCUUUACUGAAAAAGCUUUGGAAGCUGAGACAAACACUCAUGCCAUAUAUACCAGAGUGGGACGUGUAUGUGCGAAUGACAUGGGAGGCCAGCGAGUGCUCGUCAAUAAAUGGACCACUUUCCUCAAAACCAGACUAGUUUGUUCUGUGCCUGGGAGAAAUGGAAUUGAUACACAUUUUGAUGAAUUAGAGGAUGUGUUUUUGCUGCAAACUCGUGAUAACAAAAAUCCAGUGAUAUUUGGCCUCUUCAACACGACAAGCAAUAUAUUUAGAGGAUAUGCCAUAUGUGUUUACCACAUGGCAAGUGUCCGAGCUGCUUUCAAUGGACCAUAUGCUCACAAAGAAGGACCUGAGUACCACUGGGCUCUCUAUGAAAGAAAAGUACCUUAUCCUAGACCUGGUUCAUGUGCCAGCAAGGUGAACGGCGGGCUGUACACUACCACCAAAGACUACCCUGAUGAAGCUGUCCAUUUUGCCAGGAGUCAUCCACUGAUGUAUCAGCCCAUCAGGCCUGUUCAUAAGAGACCAAUACUAGUUAAAACAGAUGGAAAGUACAAUCUUAAACAAAUAGCAGUGGACAGAGUGGAAGCUGAAGAUGGGCAAUAUGAUGUUUUGUUCAUUGGCACAGAUAAUGGUAUUGUGCUGAAAGUCAUAACAAUUUACAAUCAAGAGACAGAAUCAAUGGAAGAAGUGAUUCUUGAAGAGCUGCAAGUAUUCAAGAUGCCAGUUCCUAUUAUUUCUAUGGAAAUCUCUUCAAAAAGGCAACAGCUCUACGUGGGAUCGGAGUCAGUGAUAGCUCAGGUGAAGUUCCACCAGUGUGACAUGUACGGCACAGCCUGUGCCGACUGCUGCCUGGCCAGGGACCCCUACUGCGCCUGGGACGGGAUCGCCUGCUCCCGCUACUACCCCACAGCAGUGCAGGCCAAGAGACGUUUCCGCAGACAGGACGUUCGGCACGGAAACGCAGCGCAGCAGUGCUUCGGCCAGCAGUUCAUCGGUGAGGUUCUGGAGAAGACUGAGGAGCGCCUUGUUUAUGGAAUAGAGUACAACAGCACCCUCCUGGAGUGCACCCCUCGGACCCUACAGGCAAAAGUGAUCUGGUUUGUCCAGAGAGCACAUGAAACUAAGAAGGAAGAGGUGAAGACUGAUGAUAGAAUAAUAAAAAUGGACCUUGGCCUUUUAUUCCUGAAGCUGCAUCGACUGGAUGCGGGAACUUAUUUUUGUCAGACAGUGGAACACAGCAUUGUUCACACUGUCAGGAAAAUCACCCUGGAAGUAGUUGAGGAAGAACGUGUAGACGAAAUGUUCAAUAAAGACUAUGAGGAGGAGAUCCCUCACAAAAUGCCAUGCCCAAUGCAGAGCAGUAUACCUCAGGCUUCCAGACCAUGGUAUAAGGAAUUUCUUCAACUGAUAGGUUACAGCAACUUCCAGAGGGUGGAAGAAUACUGUGAAAAAGUGUGGUGUACAGAUAAGAAGAGAAAAAAGCUGAAAAUGUCUCCAUCCAAGUGGAAAUAUGCCAGCCCUCAGGAGAAGAAGGCAAAGAUCAGGCCAGAGCAUUACCGGUUGCCCAGGAACAUAGCUGACUCUUGAUGGACAAAAUCCAUCCACUGUUUCUGAGCAAAAUUAUGUUUGGACUUAAGAGGGAGAAAUCAGUCUUGGUUUGAGUAAAUUUCACAGGUUUAUAUAUGUAAAAUAUUGGGACUGAAAACAAAAAUGCUAUGGUAAGUUAUAUUGUACACUCAUGAUGACUGUUUAGAAGCAUUUUAAACAAAAUCUUCCCAACUAUCUGGUUCUAAGUAAGUAAAAGCAAUCAGAGUUUUGCAUUAGGGAGGACGUGACAAUCUUCAGAUUUUGAGUGCUUGAAUCAGUUUCCUGUGUGGAUCGUGCUUGAGCUGUAUAUUGUUGCACAUGAUGGCAUAUUUAACAAAUUCAAAUAGCUAAACAUUCACAAGUGGAUGAAAAGUAUAGCACAAAUCUUUUCUUUGUUUCACUAAUUUCUCAUGCUUCUGAAAGCAGCACGUCUUAAGAUCUUAUUCCUUUUGAUUGUGACCUGUCUGAGCUCAUCACUGAGAACAAUGAGUUGUGUUAAUACAGUGUACUGCUACUUCUAAAGAUAAGGAAGGGAAAUCCUAUUUAGUUCCCACCCUUUUUUUGCAGUAUCAGCCAUUUAUGAAGCGCAGUGUGUCCCCACAGCCAAAUAAUAUUGCCUGGUAACUUCAUGUAAGCCAUAUGCAUGCUGAGAACACAGACACAAUGAAAUUUAUCAAUUUAUCUAUAUAUGAAGUUGAAAUAAUGGUUUAAAUAUAAAACGAGUCCAUCUUGUGUGUGUGCAUUGCCUUAGUGGUGACACGAAUUAAGGGAUCGCCCUCUUGUGGCAAAAGAAAGCGAAACCCGGUAUUGAAACCACUUUUCAGAAGAAAUAUGUAUAAGCAAAGAAGUAUUACCGAGAUGCCCAGCUGCUUUGCUUCCAGCAGACACUUUUAGUGUCCAUGUGCUAAAGCCACAGAUGCAGAAGGCAGUGUUGGAAGUAAUUUAUACUGGGAAGGCAGCAUUUUAAAUAAGUGAUGCUUUAUGUUGUUAAAGUGCUUUUGGGGUGAAGAGCAGUCAUAAAAAGCUAGGAUGCAGGUUAAAAAUAAAGCCAGCAUUAUGCAGCUGUGUUUCUAUAGUUUCAGGAUCUGGUCCACAUAAAUCUUAUUCUCAUGUGUGAUCUCUGUUCAAAAGGGCUUCUUUUCUCCUCUUGUGAGUGAUACCAGGAAAGGAAAGGAGAUCAAAAGAACUAAGUUACAAUCUAGGUCUUU